CCAAUCAGCCUUAUCCGAUUUUCUCUCAGUGCGCGCCAUUUCUAGUUGCAGCAGAAAACUAACUAUGCUCUUUGUAGCUCCUCACUGCUUCCUCUCUUCUUCUUCUUCUUCUUCUUCUUCUUCAUCUUUGCUCUUCCCUUUUUCUCUAAAACCCAAGGCCAUCCUCUUGAAGAGAGCGAAUGCAAACUCGGCGAGUCGAACUCGGGUGACUCGACUCUGCAGAGCGAGUCUAAUCACCAACCCUGACUCGUUCGAGGUGGGGCGACUCAUCGGUAGCUACGGAUUCAUGAAUGUUACGAGCUACUCGGGGUUUCAGUCAGGGGCAGAUCUUGGAUUUUCUUCUCCGGGGCAAUUAAGAGUUCAAGAUGUUGGAGAAGGCAGAGUAAAAAUCAGGCUUUAUGAAGGAAGAAUAGCUCAGGGCCUGCUUAAGGGGACUCCUGUGAUCUUUAAGCUUAAGCUGUCAGGCAAUGAUGGCUGAUGAAUAUUGUAAAUCUUUAACGGCCAUGAUGGCCAAAGAUAAGCUACAUAACAGAUUAAUUUGUAAAAUACAUUCACUUUCCCCUCCUCAGAAAUUGAAAAGUAUUGCUGGAUCCUUUCUUCAUAAGCUUAUUGUUGAGCCUUUUCUGAAAUUAUGUAACGAAUAUCUUUUCUUCCCCAUCAGCCUCCCCUUUAAGCAGUUAAGAAAUUUUUUAAGGAAUU